AUGCAGCAAAUCGACAACGACCGCCUUGUUGCUACUCUCGAGCAAAUGGUCCUUUCUUACGAGCAGCAAAUUGCGCCCCUCGCCAGAGACCUUGCUGCUGCUGUUGCUGCUGCUCUUCUCCAAAUGCUGCAGCGCGAAGGAGCAGCACAAAACUCCAAAGACACAGACGCAGAAGACGACGCCAGCUUCGCCUCCAUUGCUGCCAUCAGCACUCUCAAAACGGUGUUGGGUGCGGUGUGCGAAACGCCGCACUUGUACGGGGAGAUCCUGCCGCAUUUGCUGCCAGCUCUGGACGUUUUGCUGCGGGAAGAAAACGCAGACCAUUUGGAAGACACAAUUUCUCUUUUGGAAUAUUUUUCUUUUUAUUUGGAAACUCCUUUUCCCGCGGAGCUGUGGGGCGGGGGCGCUGCCGCCGCGGCCCGAAAGCGGGUGGAGGCGUGCAUGGGGCUGCAGCUGCUGUGCUCGCUGCUGCUGGGGUCAGCAGCAAAGCGCUCUGUGGACGCGCUGCUGCAGCCGUGUCUGCUGCUGGUGUGGGAGUGGGUGCAGCAGCUGCAGCAGCAGCAGCGGCGAGUGGACAAAGGCACCAAAAGAUGUUUUAUUCUUUUCAUUUCUUCGCUGCUGAUUUACGCCCUCGAGCCCGCGCUGCUGCUGAUGCAGCAGCAGCAAAUGCUGCAGCCAGUUAUUGCUUUUGUCCUCGCCAAUGCAGAUGUCGUCGAGGCGUGA